AUGGUUGCCAAUUCCCUUGAUAGGGGUUUUGUCCUUCGGCGCGCGAGGCCCAGAAGACAAUUUGUUGGCGUUUUUUGCAAGAACAUCGACCUUCUCCAGCGGUCAUGGUACGGAUUGGUGAUAGUGGUGGGCAUUGUUGCCAUCCUCAUGGGUGUUAUCAUUAAGGUACACUACUUCUACCUGGCUCAGGACAAGACAGCUGUGGACCCUAAUGCUCAGAUAGUAACUGAAAACCAUGAUCUUAUACCAUCGGCCUCGGCUCACAAAGAUGCAAACUAUAACUUCCUGUUUUUGAAGAGAGAAGGGGUGGACCUGGGAUCUCUUUCUUAUGACUCGACGGUGGAGAACACAGGGUAUCUGGGGUUUAUGGGGAUGAAGUAUCCUGUUGGCUAUGAGUAUAAGGCUGGUCUGAGGACAGUUUCUGACUCUGUAUGGGUUGACGGGCUCUACCGGAUUAUCACGUAUCCCUACUUCACGGAUAUGAAGAGGUACCUCAGUAACUAUGACUACGAUCGCACAGACCUGUAUCCUGGCGGCGCCGCAGAUAUUGACGUCUCUGCAACCCAAGCAGCAGACCAGGUGUUUGUUGAAGCGAUUCACUCCUCACCGCUGCCUAUAACCGUACAACCUGGCAGCGUGGUUAGCACAGAUUAUGAUGACAAGCGGAUUGAUCAUUUGCCAGAGACGAUUCGGCGCCUCUUCACUCAUGCGACGCGGACUGCCGAAGCUUACCGAGCAAAUAACAUGGUGAAUGAGCAGGUUAAAAAGGGUUUUCUCAUGCACGAUAUACCUCUACUUGCUGUGGAUAUUAGCAAGCAGCCAGACCGUCCAAUGCAGGUCACAGGAACAAACGCUGCGGAUACCGUGGUCACUAUAAGUUCAGGCUAUAGUGUGUAUGGAUACUAUAAAAAGCAGACGUUUUUUGUCAGUCAAAAUGACUAUCUGCGGCUUCUGAAUCUGCAGUACAACAUGUUCAGCAUCAAUAUUCGUGCCCUCAUCAAUCAGAUAUACUCUAUCCCCACCCCCUCCUUACCCGCAGAAAACAUAUAUGCACCUCUUUACGCUCCCGUUAUAGAUGGGAACUAUAAGCAGUUCUGGCGCAACGUAAAUGCAAAUGACAUAGGGCCUGAUAUGUACACCCCAAUGUACAUGUGCUUCAUUCUUCCGUUUUGCUUCUUCAUUCUCACGCCCCUUUUCUCGUACCGGCUGUCGCAAGAGAAGGGCGAGGGGAUAAACCAUCUGCACUACAUGAUGGGACUUCGGUACAUAUACCGGUGGCUUGGCGACUUUGUUUAUCAGUUAGUGAUCACGUCUAUAGUUGCUCUCAUCUGCGUCUUCUCGUCAUUGUUCGGGGGCCUAAAUGGUCUAAAGCUCAAUACUCCCGUAGCGUGGGUCCCAACCAUUCUCCUCACUAUUCUCAUGAUUCCCGUUUUUUCUGCCUUUGUGGCUGCCUUCUUUGAGACGGGAAGAAACUCUUCCCUAGUCUGUGUGACACUUGCAAUUGUCGUGUCUGUUAUUGGCUUACUUUAUGGGAUAAAGUACUCUGAUUUGACGAUAAUUGACCGCAGUAUUAACAAGUGGUAUGCGCUCAUCCCCGUCUUUGGUCCUGUAAGUAUACUGACGCAGCUCCAAGCCCUCGCCAUGCUUCAGACGGAUACCCUCUACCUCGCCGCGCAUCAUCUUCGGUUCAGCAGGAGGGGGGACCUAUCACCGGAUUUUGUUGGUGAAUCGGUGCUCUGGUCGCUGAUAUUCACCGUCAUAUCCACUCUGGUGAUGCUGGUUGUAGGUAUGUAUAUUGAUCUUGUGAUGCCAAAACGCAAGGGGAUACCUAACCACUGGCUAUUUUUCCUAUUUCCAAUCGUGUAUAAAGCCGAUAAGAUCCGUAGGAAGUAUACAAAGCACUUGACUACGCGCGUCAUUCUGAAAUCAGUUAUCUGGGCCAUCUUUCAUCCAGACCUAAUGUGCCGAAAGGUGUCUAACGAGCCAGGUCUUCUUCAGUCAUCGUCUAUGUCUUGGAAAGGGGCCCAGUCUCCUUGUGAGCUGUCCAAGUUAACCAAGCAGAAUUACAUGGACCAGAAUUGCACGGACGCUUCCACUCUAGACUUACCCCACGAUUGCUCCGCAGAUGGAGACGAAAGGUACUUCGACAUUGACACUGGUAAGCAUAUUGGUGGCUUAAAGAGACCCGUCGACUCGGACGUCAUUCAGGAGCACAUAGCCGCUUGUGAGGGCUUUUCUCAAUACAACAAAGAACGUGUUCCUUUGAUCCGCGCGAUAGACCUGACGAAGACGUACCCCGCGACGCGGCUCUCGCCCGAGAAGCACGCGGUCCGGGGCGUCUCCUUCACGGUCGCAGAGGGCGAGUGCCUCGGGCUCCUGGGCCCGAACGGCGCCGCCAAGACGACGACGAUCAACAUCCUCACGAUGCUCCACCGCGCGACGACCGGCGAGGCGUACAUAAAUGGUCUAGAUCUCACAGAUCCCGAUAUGAAGGCAUCCAUCCAGAACAUCACGGGUAUAUGCCCACAGUUUGAUAUUCAGUACCCUACCCUCACGUGUAGACAGCAUCUUAACUACUUUUGUCGUCUAAAAAGGAUACACAGGUCUCAGGAGAAACAGCAUGUAAGCGAUCUUCUCAAAGCCGUUGGAUUGGCCGAGAAGGCGAAUACGCCGUCUAAGUCUUUAUCUGGUGGCAUGCGCCGUCGGCUAUCUGUUGCGAUAGCACUUACGGGGUCGCCGUCUGUCCUUUAUUUGGACGAACCAAGCACAGGGUUGGACCCAGAAUCUAAGCGGCAGCUCUGGAACGUCAUUCUUCGUGUUCGCUCAAACCGUGCCAUUCUGCUCACCACACAUGCCAUGGAUGAGGCGGAGGCGCUCUGCAACCGCAUUUCUAUAAUGGUUGCUGGGCAGCUCAAGUGCAUCGGCACAUGUUCUUAUCUUCAGCAGAAGUUUGGAAAUGGCUAUGAGCUCGUGUUUACCGUUAAGAACGAUUUCGAUUUUUCAAAGAACUCUAAGAUAGAUCAGACAGAACAUCUCCUUCAUGGCCUGGACUCUGAAGGAAACUCUCUGCCAGAGACAAUGGCUAUCGGAGAGUUGACCCUUAACACAUCGCGGGAAGUCUGUGGCCAUUUACUGGUCAACAGCUACAUCUCUAGUAGCUUGCAGCUUAUUCGCGUUUUCAGCGGCAGACUUACUUAUAAGCUUCCCGAUAGCAUCCCUAUUUCUCAGAUUUUCAUGGCCAUCGAUCAGCUUAUUCAGAUGAAACCCGGCGUCAUCACAGACUGGUGCUUGUCGCGCACGAGUUUGGACGACGUCUUCUUCAAAGUAGUUCUCACACUUUAA